GCUUUUGAAUUCGCAUAUUGUGAAAUGAAAACAGCAUUAAGCUUUUGUUCAUUUCGUGUUGCUUGAAAUAAAGUUUACUCUAUUUAAGUCAAAGGUAACGAUUUAUUAUCUCAGUACUAUAUCUAAAUCGUACGUGAAAAGCAUAGCAGAAGUCUACGAACAAAUAUAACCAUGGCGGCAUCAGCAGAAAGCACACCAUACAAUUUUGAAGAAGAAUUCGAGGCAUAUUUACAUCGCAUAUUCUAUAUUAAACCUUACACAGAGGAAUCUAAAUGUGAUCCUUCCAUUGUGGAAUAUUUCGGAGUCUUUAGUCUCACUGACAUCCGAGCCCCAGAGCGAAAAUUGUGGUAUAUUUAUUAUUGCAAGCAGCCCGAUAUUGAUGAAACUGUGGAUCGAAUCUUCCAAAAAUAUGGCAAAAAGAAUAUGUGUGAAUUAUUUAGGAAGCCCAUUUUCAGUGGCGUUUCCUUGCGCACCAGAGUUAAGACGCACUUUUCCGAAUUGAAGUGGUACGUGAAAGGCAAUCUGCUGGAAGCUCCUCCAAAAAGUCAUUACAAUGAUGAGCGAAUGGCGAAAACUAUAACAGACUUGUACAACGAUGAGCGCAAAAUGCUUUAUAAUUAUAUUUGUAUGAAACAUAUUGCAUUCAGUAGGUACUACUCCUAAUGGAACGUUAAUGCAAUAGAAUGCAU